AUGAAUUAUGAUGCCAAUACGUAUGAAUUGCUUGACGAAGAUGUUGCGGUAUCAGAUGGCUCUAGGAAGGAAUUGAGAUCCCGAAGAACAGGUUCAUUUAUUAAUCAGGAAAGAAUUAGAGAGGUGAAGCGAUUCAAUGAUUUCAAGACUAUUGACUGGUUAGAAGAUGAAUUGUGUACCCAUAAGAAACGUGUUCAACGAGCUCAGAAACAAAGUGAUCGUGCAGUCAGUUUUAAGGACAAGCUCUUGUCUACCAGUCUUAACUGGGUCAUACUCGCUAUAAUGGGUAUUAUCAUUGGAAUAAUUGCAAGCAUUUUGAAUAUUGUUACGGCUUGGUUGGCAAGUAUAAGAAUUGGACGAUGUAAGAAUCAUUUUGACUUGAACAAGAGUUUCUGUUGCUGGGGUGAAGGUGAGGAAUGUGGAAGAUGGAUGGAAUGGUCGAAUCAUAUAAUCAUCAACUAUAGUAUAUACAUCAUCUUCUGCUUAGCGUUUUCUUCUGCAGCUGCAAUGUUGGUUAUAGUGUAUGCUCCUCCUGCGGCAGGCUCUGGUAUAUCUGAGAUUAAGUGCAUAGUGUCAGGUUUUGUUACAAAAGGAUUUUUAGGUUGGGAAACGUUAGCAAUAAAAACCAUAGGCUUACCCUUGGCAAUUGGCUCUGGAUUGAGUGUUGGAAAGGAGGGCCCAAGCGUUCAUUAUGCUGUCUGCGUUGGGAAUAUGGUAACUAAAUUAGUGAAAAGAUACAGAAGAAGUGCAUCCAAAGCAAGAGAAUUUUUGACAGCGACAUCAGCAGCAGGUGUUGCAGUGGCUUUUGGGUCGCCAAUGGGGGGAGUUCUAUUUUCAAUCGAGGAAAUAUCAUCUGUGUUUCAAUUAUCUACUAUCUGGAGAUCUUACUUUUGUUCGCUUGUGGCUGUGACAACAAUGGCUGCGAUAAAUCCGUUUAGAACUGGUCAAUUGGUUAUGUUCGAGGUAACAUACGACACCGUCUGGCAUUAUUUUGAAAUACCUAUGUAUAUUAUCUUGGGUAUCUUUGGUGGCUUGUAUGGGAUUAUCGUUUCGAAACUUAAUAUAAAGGUAGUAUCAUUUCGAAAGAGAUACCUUGCCAACUUUGCUAUCAGAGAAGUUUUAUUUCUUUCAUUAUUGACGUCAUUGAUAUCAUAUUUCAAUGAGUUCUUGCUUCUAGAAAUGACUGAGUCGAUGCAAAUCUUAUUCCACGAGUGCGAUAAGAAUUUUAAGCAUAAAAUUUGCAACCCAGAAUCUAAUAAAAUUAAUAUAUUCUUGUCAUUGAUAUUUGCUACUAUUGCAAGGAUGGCUUUCACCAUAAUCACGUAUGGUUGUAAAGUGCCAGCAGGAAUAUUUGUUCCCUCCAUGGCUGCGGGAGCCACUUUUGGAAGGGCCCUUGGAUUGAUCAUGUCAAGCUUGCACCAAAGAUUCGAAGACUCUGUAAUAUUUCUGACCUGCUCCAACGGAAACAAAUGUAUAAUUCCAGGUACUUACGCCUUCUUGGGAGCUGCUGCGGCUCUCAGUGGAAUUACUCAACUUACUGUCACGGUUGUAAUUAUCAUGUUUGAGCUCACUGGAGCUGUGCGCUAUAUAAUUCCCACCAUGAUAGUGGUCGCAAUUACUAAGAGUAUCAAUGAUAAAUGGGGUCAUGGAGGUAUUGCAGACCAAAUGAUUAGUUUCAAUGGCCUUCCAGUAAUUGAUUCAAAGGAAGAUUUUUCAUUUGAUGCUACUGUUGAAAGUGCUAUGACUCCUGUCGUAGUAACUUUUGUCUGCGACGAAAGCGAUUUGAUUACUGUCGGUAAGCUUAAAGACAUAUUAAAAAGGACUCCUUAUCGAGGAUAUCCCAUAAUUCAAUCUCCAAGUCAACCCAGAAUUGUUGGAUAUAUCCUACGCUCAGAAAUUUUAGAGAUAUUACAAAGGAACGAGGAAGUUGAUGAUAACGCACUUUGCAACUUUGAAAAAAGUACAAGGAACUCUUCCAAUAAAGUCGACUUUUCAUCAAUUAUAAAUCGCUCCCCCUUAACAAUACACAUUAAUACGAGUUUGGAAUACGUUUUUAAUAUUUUUGCACAAGUGGGGCCCAGAUACAUUCUUGUGGAAAAAGAGGGACUAUUGGUCGGAAACAUAACGAGGAAAGAUAUUUUAAGAUACGGACAUACUCUCCAUUCCUUAAACAAUCCGCACACUUCUACAACACUGGAUAUUUUUGAAGAGAAAGUUUGGAAUCUCAUGCAAACUAUGGGAAUGACCUUUAAAAAAGGAUUAGGAAAACUUAUACAUAAUGAUGAGAAUAGAUAUUUAAGAAUUUGA